GAGGGAGGGGUGUUUUUGGGAGGUUGGCUGAGAGAUUUUCAGGGGGGAUUCUUUCUUGAGGAGCAAGUCUGGUAGUGAAAGGGGGCGGACGGGAGUAAGAAAAAAAACAGAGAGUGACUUGAGAGGGAUAGAGGGAGAGCUGGAAGGACGUGUUUGUUUGAAGAUAUUUGUGAGUGGGGUUCUCUAGCUGGAGAGGGAGGCAAGCUACCGGAGGGAGAGUUCUUGGGAGUUGCUGAGUUUGGAGAAGAUCUUUUCUUGGGAUAAUAGCUGAAGAAGGAGGAGUGGAAGAAAAUCACACCGUGGAUUACCAGGGCCACAGGUUGCUUUGGUUGAACAUGGUUAUUGCGCACGAAAUGCUCUGUUUUGUCUCUCAUUGAUACUUUAUAUUCUCCUCUGUAAAUAGACGUAUUCCUCUUCGGGUUUGACUUUUGAUAGUUGUAUUGUGAACUUUCAGCUUGUCCCACAUUUGCCUCACACCCGUUUAUCAUUCAUGUAAUGAGGUUUUGACUAAUAAUUCCUGGAGUCUCUCAUUUUCACUCUGUUUUCUUUUUCCUUUUUAACUUUUUCAUUUUCUAUACUCCUCUGCUCAUGUGGACUUCCAUUUGUGAAAAUACCUUGAUCUGUGUAUCAUCUUUUGGUGGAAUAUUGCCUGCUUCUGACCCGUGGAUGACCGUUACAUGAAAUCAUUGGACUGAUGAGGGCAUGGAAAACAACCAGCCAUUGUUUUCAGUCUCUAAGUUUGUUUCACAGGUGGAGAUGCCCUUGACAGUGCCAAAGCGGUUAACAAUCCCUAUAGUUGAGGGGGAAAAUGGUCCCCGGGCAUAUGCUGUAGCCAGUGCUUCAUUGGCUCUUGUUCUUCUUGCAUUUUUGUGGAAUUCCUAAGACGAUGUGGGUUCUCAAGGCAUGAACGCCGCAUAUCUUGUUGGUGUUACAGUUGGUUGUAAUCUUGGCAUUCUUGCAUAUCGUUAUACUGUAUCUGAUCAGCCACCUCAGAGGUUCUUAAUUCUGUGGGUUUUGGGAGGAUUUAUAAUGAGUAUCAUCUGGUUCUACAUAAUUAAAAGUGAGCUUGUAGCUCUGUUUGUGGAAUUUGGUGUUAUUUUUGGGGUUAAUCCAUCUCUCCUUGGAUUAACUAUAUUGGCACGGGGUAACUCAAUGGGUGAUUUGAUGUCAAAUGUUGCACUGGCGAUGAAUGGUGGGGGUGGUGUGCAGAUUGCCUUGUCUAGGUGCUAUGCGGGUCCUAUGUUCAACACUCUCAUUGGUUUGAGGGUCUUGAUGCUGCUAGGAGUAUGUUCAAAGAGACCUGGUCCAUACAUAGUUCCACAAGACAGUAGCCUGUUUUAUACUUUGGGCUUUUCUCAUGUCAGGACUAAUUUGGGCAUUUGUGGUAUUACCUUGGAACGACACGCGUCCUAGCAAGACAUUAGGCAUAGGCCUUAUAACUCUCUAUCUGAUAUUUCUCACUGUUAGAGUGAGCACCGCUAUGGAGUUAAUAUAAAUUGCUGGUCUAAGUUGAUCAUAAUUAAAAGGAGCGAACCUCGUUGAUUUAUUAACACUUGAAGAUAGAGUUGCUGGUCAGCCUGGAUUUGGAUUUGGAUUCAGAUUUCUCCAAGUGGCAGUAACCUUCUUAACCUAGGGAGAUUAUUAUAUGGAUGGGUUCACUGGUCAGUUUGACAUUGUUUCUCAGGAGGGCAUACCCACUUCGACUUCAGUGGUGCAGCCUUCGGUCGCAUGGCUGUGGCCGGCAACAACAACCAGCUCAGGGAUUGAGGCGAGGUCUCCGUCAUUUUCCGCCAGAUUCCAUGCAAAUACCCAGGGAAGAACAUAGCCUUUCAUGUGAACAAGAGAUUAACUGAUUACUGGUUGUCACUUCUAGUGGAGUUUGAAGAUGGAGACUGUGAUGUUAGGUCCAUGCAUAUAAGAAAAGCAAGUUCAACUGACCGGCUAACAGAUCCCGUGUUGGAUCAUGAAGACAGCUUGCAGGUCCAACUAGGGGCAUCCUAUAAUUCAGUUUUUUUUAAUGGAGAUAAGAUGUCAGUCAGGUCACUUUUAGAAGAGGAACUUAAUGAGAAAUUAAGCUUUCUUGGAGGAUUGGCUGCUGCUUUCAGAGACCAAGUUCACACUGAUAUUGAAGUCAAGCCAGGCCACAAUGGACCUUCUCUAUUUGCACAUAGAGCAUUAUUGGCAGCAAGGUCAGAGAUCUUCAAGAACAUGCUCGACACAGAUGGAUGCAAAGUUGCACCACGUAAUGCCAUAACACUCCCGGAAUUAAACCAUGAAGAGCUUGACUCUCUCCUUGAGUUCCUCUACAGUGGAGCCAUGACCGCAGGGCAAGCUUAUGAAGCAAUGAACAAUGCUGGGUACCCGGAUUCUGACAUGAUUGUUAUCCAACGACAACAGUGUACCCUCCCUACUCUGCACCAGCCCAACCAACAAAUGUCUCUCCUCCAGAGACGCUCCCAAGCAGCAUGCCAAUGCAAAUACCCUUUUCUGGAAUUUCUCAACCAAGAGCCAGCCGUGUUGAUACCUUGCCCUAUGGGUACGGUGCCGCUGGUAGACUAGUUCCACAGCAGCCUCCACCCCAGCAUAUCAAGGGAACUUUUGGCACACAGCCUGGUGAUGCAUAUGCAACUGUUGGACCUCACCCUACACUCCACCCUGGAAAUGCAUAUAUCAUUAUGACCGGAAGCAAGAUUCAAGGGAUAUUAACUUCAAAGGAUAUUCUUAUGCGAGCGUUUAGGUUGUGGACAUUGGGUAUUAGAUGCAAUGCUGAACAGAGAUGUUGUUUCUUGGACCCUUUGACUGUUGCAUAUGUGAAGGUUGGAAACAAGGAGGCUACUAUUGGAACAUUGGGAAUGCAACAAACUCUACAUUUGCCGUUCUUGGACUAUCCGGUGCAAUAGGCUACAUGCAAGUGUCAAAAUGGUGAGGAAGACAAAAUCUGACCGUGGGACCCACUAUCUUUCUCUCAUGAGAUGCAUGGCCACCUUUGGUGAGCCCUUCUUGAAACAAGUGGAUAUUUCAUUUCUUAACUUCUCCAUUUCUACUUCCAAAAAUUGAUUUUAAAAAAUCUGAUUUUCAAGUAGUUUUCUUUUACUCCUUAACCUUUUCAUUAUUUUAUUUUAUUAUUUCAUUUAUCAUUUUAUUUUAAUUCAUUUUACUUAUUUUUUUUUUUUUUUGUAAUCUUAAUGUCAAUAAAAUCUCUUUUUAAUAAAAUUUGCUUCCACUUUCUAUUCGGCAAACAAUUUUCAAGUCUUUCAUGAUCUUUUAAAAUGUUUUAAAAAUAAGCAAGAAUUGAAUUUUGUAAUUCCAAAUAAUUGAAUUUAUGAAAUUAAUUCAUACAAAAUAAAACGGGCUUUGGUGAGAGCCCCACAUACAUGAUUUUGAUGAUUGA